UCGAGCUCCUCCCCACCCCCGGGAAGAGAAAUUUCCGGCAGCCAAGAAUCCGUCAAAAUUCUCGCCGUUCCGAUGAUCCAGAAGCCCGACCGCCGGUUCCUGUCGCUCCCGGCCGUACGCCCCUGCGACACCGUCGAGCCGGCGGUCCUCCUCGAUUCCCUCGCCGCCCUCUCCCGCGCCAUCUGCGGCUUCCAGUCGCGGCCCUUCGCCACGCAGCGCCGCAACGCGCGGGAGGCCGUCCGGCAGGUCCGCGUCCUCCUCGAGUUCUUUGAGGACGUCCGCGAGCCCCGCGGCGGCGGCUGCGGGCCGGUGCUCGCCGCCGGGUCGUCCGCGGCGGCGGCGGCGGCGGUCCUGCUCUGCUUCUCCGAGCUCCACACCACGUUCCAGAAGAUCAGGUUCCUGCUCGAGGACUGCUCGGAGGGCGCCCGGGUGUGGAUCCUGAUGCGGUCCCGGUUCGUGGCGUCGCAGUUCCGGGUGCUGGUCCGGGCCAUCGGCACGGCGCUGGACGUGCUGCCCCUGGACUCGAUCGACGCCGCCGGGGAGGUGAAGGAGUUGGUCGAGCUGGUGGCCAAGCAGGCGCGGCGGGCGAGCUUCGAGCUCGAUAGCCGGGACGAGUACGCGAUGAGGCAGGUCCGGUCGAUGCUUGAUUACUUCGAGCGAGGGAUCGAGCCGGACCGAGGCGUGAUCGAGCGGGUGCUCGAGUAUCUGGAGAUCAGGAGCUGGAGCGACUGCAACAAGGAGAUCAAAUUCCUGGAGGGCGAGAUCGAAUCCGGGUGCUCGGACGGAAACGAGAGAGAAGCGCCAUUGCUGAGCAGCUUGGUGGCAUUCAUGAGCUACUGCAGGGUGGUCCUGUUUGAAGUCCUGGACCACGGGAGCGCCCAGCAAACUGAUGCGGCGCAGAGCUCGGAGACUCUCAGUUCCUUGAACCCGGAGGACUUCCGGUGCCCGAUCUCGCUCGAGCUGAUGACCGACCCCGUGACCGUGUCCACGGGACAGACCUACGAUCGGUCCUCCAUCGAAAGAUGGCUCAAGGCCGGCAACGUCACCUGCCCGAAAACGGGGGAGAGGCUCACGAGCACCGAGCUAGUGCCGAAUUCGACUCUCAGGAAGCUUAUAAAACAGUUCUGCGCCGAUAAUGGGAUCUCGCUCGCCAAUUCAGGAAGGAGAAGUAGCGACAUCGCGAGGACUAUCGAUCCGGGAAGCACGGUGGCUGUGGAGGCGAUGAAGAAGCUCUCGAGGUUUCUCGCGAGGAGGCUAGUUUUCGGGACCGCCGAGCAGAAGAACAAGGCUGCUUACGAAAUCCGGCUGCUCGCGAAGUCGAAUAUCUUCAACAGGACGUGCCUGAUUGAAGCCGGCACUGUGAUGCCGCUGCUGAGCCUCUUGUCUUCGCGCGACGCGGCUACUCAGGAGAAUACGACCGCGGCUCUAUUGAAGCUCUCGAAGCACACUAGCGGCAAAAGGGUAAUAGUCGAUUGCGGCGGACUGAGCCCGAUUCUGUCGGUUCUAAGGAAAGGAUCAAGCCUCGAAGCUAGGCAAAUUGCCGCCGCGACCAUGUUUUAUCUUUCUUCCGUGAAGGGGUACCGGAAAUUGAUCGGGGAAACGCCGGACGCGAUCCCGGCUCUCGUGGACCUCAUCAGAAUCGGAAAGCCUUGCGGGAAACAGAACGCGGUGGUUGCGAUCUUCGGGCUGCUCCUCUAUCACGGGAACCAGUGUAGAGUCAUAGCAGCAGGAAUUGUUCCAUUGCUGGCGAACCUUCUCGCUUCCUCAGAAAAAGAUGAACUCAUAGUGGACUCAUUGGCAGUCCUCGCGUCUCUAGCAGACAAUGCCGAUGGGACCACGGCGAUCCUGCAGACUCCGGUCUUGCCUCUGAUCAUCGGGUUCUUGCGGUCCUCGGCUUCCAAAGCCGGGAAGGAAUACAGCGCCUCGAUCCUGCUGUCCCUAUGUCGCCACGGAGGGAGGGACGUGAUCGAAGUGCUGGCUAGGGACCCUUCGCUCACGGCUUCCCUCUAUUCGCUCCUCACCGACGGGACCUCCCACGCGAGCAAGAAGGCGCGGUCGCUCCUCAAGAUCUUGCUCAACUCCAACGAGCGGAACAGAUUUCGGCUCUCGUGAUUCGGUCGCGCGCUCCCGCCUUCCCCGACUGGCGGCGACCUAGAGAAAGGCCAUGUAAAUAGAUAUGAUUUUUAGUGUGUUGAGAGUGCAAGAUGAAAAGGACGCUGGCUCAGUUUUUGCAGGAGCCAGCCUCCAUCUUUGCUUAUAGAAUAAGGUUGAAAAUGCCUCAAUUUGCUGUAGCCUUUGUGAUUGUAUUUGGAGAUGGUGUUGAAUAAAAGUCAUACAACAGGAGAAUCAGGUUGAAAAUGCCCCCAAUCCAAA